AUGACCCCCACCCGCACACACACUCCAGCAACACUCCUCGCCGCCAUCCUCCUCCUCCUGCCCGCAUCCCAUGCACACCGCCACACUCCCCCGAGCCCCGCCGCAACAGCCCUCCUCCCAGCCAACACCGCCCUCCUCAGCCGCCCACACCCCCUCAACCCACCCCCCGCCCAGCCCAGCCCCCCAGCAGCCCUCCACCACCACCACCACCAACAACAUGUCCUCCAGAAACGCGCCCCCAACUGGGCCACAGUCACCGUCUACGUCAACACCCUCACCGCCUACGCGGACGCGCCGACGAUCGUGACGGUGACGGUGAAUGGGACGGACCAGGCGGCCAAGACGGCGGCGACGGUGACGGUAGGCACAUACACCCAGACGCUCGGCCAGCAGUCCCCGCAACCCACCUCGACCAAGACCGUCUUCCUCGGAGCUCCGGCCACCUCCACCACCCCGUACUCUCCCGUCGCCACCGGCCUGCCCGCCCUGCCCGCCGACCGGGCCUGCUACCCCGGCGAAUCCUCCCAGCGCUAUCCCGGCACACUCUCGCUCACCCGGCCCACCCAGACCACCACCCUGCUCGUCAUGGCGCUCUUCCUCUUGGUCAUGCUCGUCUGCUGGAACCUCUUCUUCAUCCGGCUGCUCAUCUUCCCCCUCAAGCUGGUCGUCAUCAGCUGGCACGAGCUCGGCCACAUCGUCCUCUCCAUCUUCGCCGGCCACACGAUCAAGGAGGUCGACAUCGAUCCCAACGUCGGCGGCACCGUCAAGCUCGUCCAGGACAUCGUGCCCCCCGCCGCCCCUCUCUUCGCCGGCUACCUCUCGUCCUGUCUGUUUGGCGGCUUGAUGGUCUUCUGCGGCUUCGACACCCUGGCGUCCAAGAUUGCAAGUAUCUUCAUUGCUAUGUCGCUGCUCGGCGUCAUGUGGUGGGCCAAUACCCCCGCCUCGAAAGUCUUGACGGUGGGUGCCAUCGGCCUCUUGGUCGCCUUCUGGUUUAUCGAUCAUGCCGGAAUGCUGAGAUAUUACGUCUUGCUCAUGGGCGUCUUGAGCUGUUGGUAUGUCCUCUUCGACGUCAUGGACGAUUUCGUGUUUAGAAAGUACAAUCCUUGUUGUCCGAUCCUGUUCGAGUCACGGUGGCCGAAAAUCACUGCGCCCCAAUGGGCGAUGAUGUGGAUCUUCUAUUCGGCCAUCAAUUUUGCGGCAUGGACUAUACUUGCGAUUGCUGUGUGGAGGCAGACUCCGCGCGGAAUGUAUUGUCAAAGCCAGCAGUUCUUGCCCACUUAG